AUGCCGCUCACUCCACUCCGCCCCGGCGUCUACGCGCCGACAAUGACCUUCUUCAACGACGACGAGUCUCUCGAUGUCGCCUCAAUCCGCCGCCACGCCGUGCGCCUCGCCAAGGCCGGUCUGGUUGGCCUGGUGACCAUGGGCAGCAAUGGUGAAGCCGUGCAUUUGACUCGCGAAGAGCGUUCGACCGUGACCCGCGAGACUCGCUCUGCCCUUGACGAAGCCGGCUUCCAAAAUGUUCCGGUCAUCGCCGGUACCAGCGAGCAGAGCAUCCGUGGCGCCAUCGAGCUGUGCAAGGAUGCCGCUGCCGCAGGCGCCGAGUAUGCCCUCAUCCUACCACCAAGCUACUACCGAUACGCCGUCGGCAACGACGACACUCUAUACGAAUACUUUACAGCCGUCGCAGACGCCUCUCCUAUUGGCCUGGUUCUGUAUAACUACCCCGGUGCCGUGGCCGGUAUCGACAUGGACUCCGACCUUAUAAUUCGCAUUUCCUCGCACCCAAACAUCGUCGGGACGAAGUUCACCUGUGCCAACACUGGAAAGCUCACCCGUGUCGCGAACGCCCUCGGUGCCAUCCAGCAGGCCUCCCCCUCUGGCCAGCGCCACCCCCUCCAGACUCUUGUCUCUGGCGGAAGUGCCAUCCUGGCCGGUGGUGCUAAUGUCAUUCCUCGUCUGUGUGUGCGCAUCUUCACUCUGUGGUCUGAGGGCCGUCUGGCCGAGGCCAUGGAGGCGCAGCAGCAGCUCAGCGCUGCCGAUUGGGUUCUCACCAAGGCUGCUAUCCCCGGUACCAAGUCUGCCAUUCAGUCUUACUAUGGAUAUGGUGGAUACCCGCGCCGUCCGUUGGCACGUCUCAGUGAUGACAAGGCCAAAGCUAUUGCGGAUAAGAUUAAGGAUGCGUUGGAGGUCGAGCUUUCGCUGAAGGAUCUGUAUUAG